AUGAAGUACGUUAUUGUUUCUGGAGGUGUGAUUUCCGGGAUCGGGAAAGGUGUGCUGGCGUCCUCGACCGGUAUGCUGUUGAAAACGCAGGGCUUCCGGGUGACAUCGAUCAAAAUCGACCCGUACAUGAACAUCGAUGCUGGGACCAUGUCGCCGUUGGAACACGGAGAGUGUUUUGUGCUCAACGAUGGCGGUGAAACGGACUUGGAUCUCGGAAACUACGAGCGGUACCUCGGUGUGACUUUGACCCGCGACCACAACAUCACCACGGGCAAAAUGUACUCGCACGUCAUCUCUCGCGAACGUAAGGGCGACUACCUGGGCAAAACCGUGCAAGUGGUGCCACAUCUCACGGACGCGAUCCAGGACUGGAUCGAACGUGUGGCUCGUGUGCCCGUGGACAACUCGGGACUGGAGCCAGAAGUGUGCAUCAUCGAGCUUGGAGGCACCGUGGGCGAUAUCGAGAGUGCUCCGUUCGUAGAGGCCCUCAGACAGUUCCAGUUCAGAGUCGGCAGGGACAAUUUCUCGCUGAUCCACGUCUCUUUGGUGCCCGUCAUCCACGGCGAACAGAAAACCAAGCCUACCCAGGCUGCCAUCAAGGACCUGCGUUCUUUGGGGCUCAACCCAGACAUGAUCGCGUGUCGUUGCAGCGAGAAACUCGACGACCCAACCAUCAACAAGAUCGCAAUGUUCUGCCAUGUGGGUCCCGAGCAGGUCGUCAACGUCCACGACGUCAACUCCACUUACCACGUUCCUCUCUUGUUGCUGGAACAGAAAAUGAUCGAGUACUUGUGCAGACGUUUGAAGCUCGACGAGAUUGCUCUGAACGCCGAGGACAAGAGCCGCGGCAACCAUUUGCUAAAAAGAUGGAAGGAGUUGACCACUUCGAUCGACGAGUCCUUCGAAACCGUCAAAAUCGCCUUGGUGGGCAAAUACACCAACUUGAAGGACUCGUACUUGUCCGUUAUCAAGUCCUUGGAACACUCCAGCAUGAAGUGUCGUCGCAAGUUGGAAAUCGUUUGGGUUGAGGCCUCCGAUUUGGAGCCAGAGACCAAUGAAUCUGACAAGAGCAAGUUCCAUACCGCUUGGAACAAGCUAAGCGCAGCAGACGGUGUCCUAGUUCCCGGUGGGUUUGGUCUAAGAGGCGUUGAAGGUAUGAUUUUGGCUGCCAAAUGGGCGCGUGAAAACAACAUUCCAUACCUGGGAGUUUGUCUCGGGUUGCAAGUGGCCACUUUGGAGUUUGCCCGUAACGUAUUGGGAUUGAAGGACAUCACGUCUGCCGAAUUUGACCCCGAUUGUCUCGAGGAGAACCAAGGUGUUGUGUACAUGCCUGAGAUCGACAAGGAAAACAUGGGUGGAACCAUGCGUUUGGGUCUAAGACCUACCAUUUUCCAAUCGGAGACCGAAUGGUCCAAGAUUCGCAAACUGUACAACGAUGCCGAUGAGGUUCACGAAAGACAUCGUCAUCGUUACGAAGUCAACCCUAAGUUGGUCCCACAGCUGGAGGAGCACGGGUUCAUGUUUGUGGGUAGAGACGAGACCGGACAGAGAUGCGAAAUCUUGGAGCUGCGCAACCACCCAUACUUCGUGGCUACCCAAUACCAUCCAGAAUACAUGUCGAAGGUGUUGGAUCCUUCGCAGCCGUUCUUGGGUUUGGUGGCCGCAUCUGCCGGUGUUUUGGACAAACUAAUGGCUGAGGAAAACAACUCUGGCGAACAUGCCGACUUUUAA